GAAACAACUUAGUUCGUUAUUUAAAUUGGUGUGGAUCGGUCGUUUUUGAUAUUCGCUGGUGAACUUUAGUACUAAGAUGUUGUACGUGUAUCUGUCCUCGGUUUUUAUAGUGCUUACAACUAUUUCUAUGUUUCUGAAGAAGGAUAAAAGUGGCAAGGUGACAAUGGGCGGCUGGCUGAGCUAUUUCUGGUGGGGCGGCGACCCCGACGUGGUGAAUCCAGUGUCAGGCCUCACAAGGCGUGAGGUCAGCCUGGUGCAGAAGUCCUGGGUGCCUGUCAACGCUGACGCCAUCAACACUGGUGCUGAACUGUUAAAGAGAUUCUUCAUCGCAUUCCCGGAAACCAAAGAAUUCUUCAGGAUGAUAAAGAAUACGCCUGAAGAUCAGUACCUGCAGAACCCGCAGUUCAAGGCUCACGUCAUCAAUCUGAUGACGUCAUUGAACCUUGCAGUGGAAAACCUUAACCAGCCAGAAGUAGUGGCGGCCAUGAUGAAUAAGCUAGGAGAGUCCCAUGGUCGGAGAAAGAUCCAGGAGAAAAAUUUCAAUCAACUGAAAGAAGUCAUAGUGAAGAUGUUCAUCGAGGUGUUAAAAUUGGACGACGUGACGCUCGGGGCCUGGGGCAAGACCGUCGAAUUCUGGUACAAGCACAUAUUCGAGACUCUCAAUAGAGCGGAACAGACCAGAUAACAUACACAUUGUCAACCAAUUACACUUUAAAGACUAGUUUAGUAUCUACAAUGGUUAUUGUGAAAGGCAAACUCAAUUUGAUCUGAUGCACGAUGAUAGGAAAAUGACCGAACUCGGAAUAAGACGCUAUUUGUGCAUGUUGGGGACUGCGCUUUGAGCGUGACUUUUAAAUACAGUUUUUAUUUUAAUUUGUAU